AUGAGCCAGUACCCGCCCCCUAACUCGGGACCUACGCGUGGUUCUUACGGCAUGAUGCCUAACCAGUAUCAGCCGCAGCAGCAGGGCUAUCCCACUACGACCUCCAUGAUGCCGCAGACUUCUGUCGCAGCCUCUCAUCCGCAACCCAUUGCGCCCGCCCCUGCGGCGGCGCGACCUCCUGUCCUCCGCCCCAUGCCUGCAGGCGGGGUUAUGCCACAAACAGGACUCCCUUCCCCCUACAGCGGAAGUCCCAUGAUGCCACACCAGCAGUCUUUAUUGCAGGAAAGCGACCAGCCUACUCAUGUGGUUGGCUCCCAAGGACGCCGUGGUAUCUUACCCAGCGCUCCAGGAAGGCCUGCAGCCCCUACCGGUAGUGGCGCUUCCAAGAAUACAGUAAUUCCACAGAAGGACGCAGACGGCAAAUUCCCUUGCCCCCACUGUACGAAGACAUACUUACACGCGAAGCAUCUGAAGCGCCAUCUUCUCCGCCACACGGGUGACCGCCCUUACAUGUGCGUGUUAUGCCGUGAUACGUUUUCGCGAAGUGACAUCUUAAAACGUCAUUUCCAAAAGUGCUCGAUUCGACGAGGAAACCCCACUGGGGUGAGCCAUUUGUCUCAUCCCCAAGCGCACGUUAAAAAACAGCAGCAGAAUGCUCAAAAGGCUAAUGAAGGUGACAUGGGUCAUAUGAAUGGCAUGGCUAACAUGCCAGGUGAUAAUGUCGUACACCCAUUCGGUAUGGUCCAGAUCCAAGAUGGUAUGGGAAACAUGGCCAACGACCAGAACCAGCUUUCUAGAUCGAGUAGCAUGAGCCGGAUGGACGACAACGGCAAUCGGGACCGAAGAAGUAUGACCGGCGGUUACAACGGCGACGUCUCGAACUCGAUGUCCUCGAACAUCAACCCGCAGUUGGCCAACUUUAACAUGCCCCCGACUCAGAAUGGCAUGCCUGCCAUGUAUGGAGCUUCGGGCUCAAACCAACAAUCUGGCCUUGAUUGGUCCCAGAUGUUUCCACAGUCUGGUGCGCACCAUGCCUACGUCAAUCAGUUCCCUCCUAAUAUUGGACAGAAUCAGAUCGGAACCAAAACCGAGCCUAACCUCUCUUCCGAAAGACCCCAGGGUAUACCGGGCGUGGCCCCGAGCGAUGUGAACGACCGAUCGUUAUUUUUCUCGAACUGGGACGCGCAAUCCUCGACGCAAGAACGUUACCUUCAGCUUUCCUCACAGAUCCUUAGUUUUUACCACCCUCCCGGUUCCGUCACCACGCCCUCGACCGCAAGCCUCAACGAAUUCUAUUCCCCCGACAAUAUUAGAGAUUUUCUUGAUUCUUAUAUCCAUUUUCACGUUCACUUUUCCUUCUUACAUAUUCCGACCUUCCGUAUCAUGGAUGCUUAUACUGGCCUAAUUGCUGCUAUGUGCUGUGUCGGUGCUUGCUAUUCCAACCGUGGCUCGUCGUCUAACGUUCGAGAUGUUAUGAAUUUCUUGAAAAUAGCACUCGAGCGCGAUUGCGAUCUGUUCAGCAGUGGAGUCCAAACUUCCAAGUUCACCAAUGGUAACCCAACCAGGUUGGACAUUGAACGGUUACAAGCCCUUAUUCUGAUUUCAGCACUUCUUACUUGGCAUGGUACCCCCGUCCAGCGGGAAAGUGCCAGGAGACUUUUCCCUCUGGUGGCGGAUAUCGCCAGAAAAUUCAACCUGCUGCAAGUCAGAAAGGAUUCCUACUUAUAUAGCAUUUUCCACCAACACAAGAUUCAGUCUCAAGAUCUGAACCCUGGUCAAUUUGAUUGGACAGCAUGGAUUGAGCAAGAAUCACUCAUUCGACUCAUGGACAUGAUAUACCUUCUCGACGUUGCGCGUGGUCUCUACUUCAAUUGCGAUCCUCAAUUUGAUGGGUUUGAACUCCGUAUCCCGUUGCCUGCAGAUGAUGCAGCAUGGGAAGCACAGUCCGCAGUUGAUUGCGCGCAAGCAUUGGGUCUUUACGGACCUGACGCAGCAAGAGCGAAAAACCCAGAUGGCUCACAACGCAACAAACAGCCAGAAUUGAAUCUUACACUCACCGCGCUUUUCCAUGGAUCGUAUCAAAUACAUCCUGGAAGCACCAAUUUGUAUGGCAAGUUCAUACUGAUUCAUGCUAUAAUUGCUCAGAUUCGACGUGCACAACUUGAAGGUCGUUUAGCGGCAUUGGAUGGUUAUGGAACUCCUCUUUCGCAAAAUGACUGGGUUAUUGCGAAUGGUUCGGAUACGGGAAGUGGCAAUGUAAGCGCAAACAACAGUGCAACCGGUACGCCAGUUGCUGGGGUGUCAGCGCAAACAUAUAAGGCCCUGUGUACUGCUCUUGACAAGUUCAAGUCUUACUGGGACAUGGACAUGGCGAUUCAAUUUCCUCCCUCAGUUUCUAAUCCUAGGCGGUACGGUUUCUGUCGUGAUGGAAUUCAUUUCUUCUGGCUCGCAAAAUACAUGCUCAAGAACACAACGGUGGCGGAUUUACAAAUGGCCCCGGAUAAUCGAUUUCGACAAGUAAUUCAAUUAAUUAAGUCUGUCAAGACGUGGGUGAUGACGGACGGGGCAUCGAGGGGUGAGGAACUCGGAUCUGUGAGCGAUAUCGACAACGAGUACGGAGUUAAUGAUCUCACACUGGACAUGACGCAAUUGUUUAGACCUUUACCGUCGGUUGUGGAAUCUCCUGGUAUGCCAGCGGUCAAAACGGAAGUUUGA